AAUGAUGAUCACAAAACGAAUGAUAAAAAUCACAUUUCUUAUCAAUGACACAAUGAAGGCAAAGACUGUGCUCUCCUACGCCACAUUCAGUUUCAUAGCGCUGCUUUUGUUUUGCUAUAAAACUAAUAAAACAACUUAUAUCAAAAAUCCUAAAUUCAAAAUUUUGGAAGCUUCAACGCCUGCGCUUCCAAUUGAUAAAGAAUGCGAAUGUAUCUCAAGUUGGACUGGGAAAUCUUAUGAUUUUUGUUAUAGAAAUCCAAAGAAUGCUACACUUGUUGGAAAACGGUUCAAUUGCACUUGGUUGAGCACUUUGGAGGAUUUAAAACUUGUCGGACUACAUGAACAGAGCCUGGUUGACCUGUACGAGUAUGAAAAGAACGAUUCAGAUGUUAUUUUUGUAUCUGCAACUUCAAGAGACCAUCUGGCGAACUUCAAUUCGAUGUAUGCUAUUGUAAAACACCACUGGCCACGGCAAAAGCUGAUUUUAUACUCCUUGGAUUUAACUGACAAAGAUAUACUUGACAUUGAGAAAGAACCAAAUGUUAAAGUUCGAAAAUUCGAUUACUCCAAGUACCCGAAAUAUGUAAAGAAUUUGAUGGAGUACCGGUUCAAGGCACUAAUUUUGGCGGAAGCUAUUCGAGAUUUUCAAAAUGUUUGGUGGAUUGAUGCACAUACAAAAUGGUUCCACCCAAAGCCAUUGGAUACCAUUUAUGAAAAUUUGGCUGAAUGUGUGAAUGAUGCUGCUUGUGAGAAGAAAUCCUCAAUCCAGAUGUUCAUUAAUUCGACACACAGUAACUACGCCGUCCUUAACAGAGGACUUUUGGACUAUUUUCCAACUUUUGAUAUAGAUGAUUUGAAGUCCAAUGAAAAAAGCCUACAAUUAUCUGCAAUGCUGGUUUAUUUAGCGAGAACUCAGUUUACGUUAGAUAUUCUGAAAUGGCACACACUCUGCGCUCUCGAAGAAAAGUGUAUGAAGCCGCCUGGAGCAAAACUGAAGUGUGACACCAUCCCUGAAUGGAAUCAUUAUGCAGGAUGCUUCCGAUACGAUCAAUCAUCGAUCAAUAUUCUACUGUUUAAUCAUUUUCGAGAUCAUAACCACUAUUUCAUGAAUCCUGGCACUGUUCUACGAACGUAUUAGAAAAUUUUUGAAUUCGCUCAUGAAACUUUUGCGGGGGUUUUUUUUUCAAUCUGGUAUAAUGCAAUAGUAAAUUUUUAAAUUUAUAGUCAUUUAAUAAAUAUGUUUUUUUUUCAAAAU